AUGGAGUACUUCUCUAGCACAGAAGAGAGCGAGCCCGAAAUGGCUCCAAUGGAGAGAAAAAUAAGGGGGCGAGACCUUCCUGCAGUUGCUGUCCUGGCUCUGUGCAUUCGAAAAACACUCUCCCCCCUGCGGGAGACCGAAUUCCAGCAGAGCUCCGACGCCUCCCCGUACAAUACUUACGUCCGAGAGAGGGAGAAGUAUGCGAGAAAAGGGGAGAGCCCUGGAAGUAGCACAGCGUACUUUGCAGAAGGGGAGAGACUAGCCCUGUUUCUGCGCCUCCGUACGAUGGGCCUGCACGUUAGAAUCGCCUACAAGAUAUCCCUGAAAAAGACGCCUUCGGUUGAGGAGUCGCUUGAGGUUGUAACAGGACUUUCCGUCUUCUCAGAUAGCACCUUUUCCCGCAAGGAGUGCAUUCACGUCUCAAUUGACUCUUUUGGGAAAAUUCUGAACCAUACAAUAUACUCUCCAAAGAAAGUCUCCGAGGCAGUUUCCGAGACAAUCAGCAGAAACACAGACCCAGCCUGCCCCUUCUACGCAUACGACCAGAAACAUCUGGAACAGCUUCCAGUUACGCUCCGAGAAGGUCUUUCUCAUCCGCUGUAUAGAGUGAAUCCAAGCCAUCCCAGGUACAUUAUAUACCCUAGAAGCAUAGGAUCCGUUGGGCACAUAAAGGACCGAACAAAGAGGCAUGCAAGCAAGUCAAAGGCCCAAAAAGAAGCUUCCCUUCGGAUAUACCCGAUCUCGCACCUGCACAAACUCCUUACACUCGGGGAAGUCCUCCGAAUGAACAGAAAUAUCCGCCCAGAGACGGAGCCGUAUCGGAUAGUGCGAGGCAGCACUCCGGAGAAGCCAGAGAUAAAGCUAUACGCUCCCUGGCAGAUAGAGGAAGUUCCUGCAAGCGAAAGCCUCCUUGCAACUCCGCAGGACGUACCUGAUGGGAUGGUGUACCUGAUGGAGACUGGAGUGGUGCAGUACAACCUCCAAAAAGGAACUAUUCCCGUGAUAGGAAGUGUAUACGACUAUAUCACAGGGAGGCGAGAAAGAGUCUCUUCUGGGGUUCUUCUAACGGAAAAUGACCUAAGAAAGGAAAUGCCGGAAAUCGUCAAAAACACCCAUAGAGCACUUAUAAAGGCGAUUACAGAGCAAAACAAGGCACUUAUACUGAACAUGCAGGUUUUCACAAAACUUGCUCUCCGUUAUAUAGGGAUACUGGAGAGUCUAUAG